AAUCGACGCUCUGUCCCUCUCUCCAGCCGUGGUCCUUAAUUAACCCAUCUCUCCAGCCGCGGUCUCCACCACUCAGCACCGCCGCCGCUGCAGCACCCCCAACGAAAACCCCUCUCUCCUCUGACUGUGGUCUCAGAUCCUCCUGCUCCUGUUGAUCAAACACCCCGACGAAAACCCCUCUCCUCCGACUUUGCAUCUCCAGCCGUGGUCGAGCCGCUGUGUUUCUCUCUCUCUCGCUCUUGCUAGAUUGCAUCAUGGGUCCUGGAUCACGAAAGAGUAGCGCAUCCUCAAACUCUAUCAAAUCGCGUGGAAUUGCAGAAGCUACAACACCUGUUCCUCCUCCUAUUGUGGCAUCUACUCCUCCGACUGUUCCAUCUCCUUCUACCGGUACAAGUGUUGUAGGUGAACCUUCAAGACGUGUGCGGGGGCCUACACUUGGGAAAAGAGUUAGAAGGCUGAUUGAAGUCAAGGAUGGGACGAGGCUCCAUGUUUAUGUCACACCAGAAAUGAGAACUUUUUGCGGGGCAAAUGCAACUAAAGUGGCCAACGAAUUGGGGUCACAAAUUAGGAGGAUGUGCCGCCCUACUGCUAAUAGUUUUUGCCACUCGUGGAAUCUGGUUCAUGCUGAGGUGAACAGGGCCGUAAUACAAGCCGUACGGGACAAAUUUGAAGUCACCGAAGAUGGUGUUGAAUACACUCCAUUAGUUGAGCAAGUUUUUAAGCGCAAAGCCAACUUACUUUACAAAGACUGGAAAUGGAGGAUGAGUGAUCAUUACGAAAAGACAAAGGAUCAUUACGAAAAGACGAAGGAAGAUGGCAAAAACCCUUAUCAGCUUCCUUUUACCAAAGACAUAAGCCAGGAAGCUUGGAAGUUUAUGAUUGAUCAUAUAUUCAACGAUCCAAAUUGGGAGCCCCGCAAAAUAGCUGGGAAAAAAAAUAGAAAUACUCCAGUAGAUGGUUUCUCUGUGGCUUCUCGUGGUCAUACUUUGGGUUCUCGAUCAUUUGCUGCUGCAAUCACCAUUGAGGCAGACAAGCCUAAUGGAAAGGUGCCAGAUUUAUGUGAGAGAUACCAGGCAUCACAUACAUUGAAAGACGGUGGAUGGAUUGAUCCUCAAUGUGCUGAGAUACAUGCAAGGAUGGUGGUCACGCGAGACGAGGCCGCUCAAUCAGGAUGUUCGCUGACGGACGAAGAACUUUCGAGGAUUCAUCUUGGGGAAGCAAAGUAUUACAUAAGGGGAUUUGGGGUUGGCCCGAGGCCCUCAUCCUUCUCUUCCCAAUCCAGCUCCAAUUUAGCACGGCAAGAGCUGCAGAGAGUCCAAUCUGAGCUGGAGUUACUUCGUGAGGAGCGACGAAAAGAACGAGAGGAGUAUGAAAGACGUUGGGAGGAGGAGAGAAACAAGCGUGAUGAGGAGCAAAGGCAAAGGGAUGAACAAAGGCAGCGUGAGUUUGAUGAACUGAAAGACAUGCUGAUAAGGCAAAUACAUGCACGAGACAAUAUCUGA